UUUCGAUCUGUAUAGCCUUUUUAGAAAGUUCAUUAAAUUCCAAAUGAAAGUAUCAUUGGUUCUAUACAUCACACAGAAACACAAAUAAACUCCGAACUAAAAUAAGGAUAUUAUUCCCAAGAAGCGUAUUUCUUAAAUUGCCAAUAUGAGUGGGUUUGUCUCUUUCUCUAGGACUAGCUCCUCCAUGCCGUCCGUCGAUCGCAAGACCGAAAUGGCCGAAAAGAGAAAAACUAUGGAGCUUAUUAGAAAGUCCAAGGGAAUGCGCUCUGUUAAUGCAUCCAUCUUUGUAAGAUACAGCGCCACGGAAACGAGAUACUCGUUAAGUCGAAUGUACCAGCGCCACAAGGAUGAUGUUAAGUACAUCGAUCCAGAUUACAACGAAAAAGAUAUAGAUCUGGGUCUUGAAAGCUAUGUACCCGUAUAUCAAAAGGUGUUCGAUGACGAAAAGGAGACAGUCCUUGAGCCCAAUUUUAAACGUCACAAAAUUCCAUUACAGGUACGAUGUGUGGAGAUGUAUCAUAGUACCCGUGGGGAGUACCGAAACCAGUCAAAAAAGGAAAUUCGCCUUCUCAUCGAUAAUCAACCGAAUGCAGACUGUGCCUGGCAAUUUGUUAGGACCAUGGCUUAUACCACCCUCUGGCCACCUUUGCAUACAAGAAACGAGCUUAAGAUUUUUGAAACAGAAUUCUGUAAGCUAACUCCCAAGGAGCAACGCCGCUAUGAUAGAAUAAUGGCUACCAAUUUCACAUGAUAUUAACAAUUUUUGACUAAAUUUUGGUUCAAGAAUAAUCAAUUAUGUAAUACUAUUCAUAAUGCAAUUAAUACCAUAAAAACAUUAGAGUACAAGCAACACA